UUUUUUUUUUUUAAAUUUAGUCGUCGCCAAUUAUUUUUACCCCGGUUUUCACCCCAAUUUAGCAUGCCCAAUUAUUAUCUGUAUCCCCGGCUCACCGCUCGCAACCCCCCCCGCCGACUCGGGAAACGGAGGCUGGAACACGCGUUCUCCGAAACGUGCUCCUUCCAAGCCGUCAUUUUUCGCACUGCAGAUCCACAGCAACGCCACCAGACCUAUAGUGCCGGAGGACAACACAGAUCUGGCGGCUCCGCUGCAGAGCCACAGGCGCCCUAUCGGCCACAGGGGUCGCUGAUGCGCGGUGAGCCGUGGAUUCCCCUGCCGACCUAAGCCCUCCCUACCCGGGCAGCGCUCAGCCAAUUGUGCGCCGCCCCCUAGGAACUCUCGGUCACGGUCAGCUGUGACAUAGCCUGGAUUCGAACCUGCGAUCUCCAGGCUAUAGGGCACAUCCUGCGAGGAGCGCCUUUACUGGAUGCGCCACUCGGGAGCCCCGUACUUCAAACUCUUGCCAAGUCAGAGCAGCGCUAUUGAGCGUUCUUGUUUUGGUUCUAGCUGGACGGCAGUGACAUCACAAGCGAGGUCAGGCAAGGGUGUGUUUCUAAAGUUAUAGCGGUUCCUUUUAGAAAAACUACUUCACCCGCUGACAGCAAUGAAGAACAGAUAUGAACACACACACGGAUAAGUGAAUAGAUACAUUGUAACAUUACAAAUAGGGUGUGUUCCAGUCACCUGAUCUGAGGUCACGUGUGCGGCAGAUCUACGAGUCCACAAAACGAUAUCUGAACGCACCCAUAUUAUACUCUCGCGUAAGGUAAGCGAAGUGUGUGAGAAACACAUACCUGAGUUUAUUGUACAGUACAGGUGAGGAAAUACACUGCUGCAACCGGUGUACUAUGGCGUUUCUGCAAAGGUGCAUUCAUGUCUUCUGGGAAUGGAUGGAUGUCCGAAGCGUUUUGAUUUUCUUUCUUGUAUUUUUGCUGAUCGCGGAUUUGUUUAAACACCGGGUUCCUAAAAACUUCCCCCCUGGUCCUCGGGGCCUGCCGUUCUUGGGAAAUAUUUUGAAUCUCUACGUUAAACAGCCCCACCUGAGCAUAAGUAUGCUUGCAGAAAAAUAUGGAGAUGUCUUCAGCAUCCGACUGGGAACAAACACUGUUGUUAUAAACGGCUACAAGCUAGUUAAAGAGGCUUUAGUUCAUCAAGCAGACACAUUUGCUGAUCGUCCAAGAAUUCCAUUGGCGGAUAAUUUUAGUAAAAAUUGCGGCCUGAUUCUAAGCAACGGGCAUGUGUGGAAGCAGCAGAGAAGGUUUGCUCUCACUACACUGAAGAGCUUUGGAGUUGGCAAGAAGACUUUGGAAUCCACCAUUCUUGAGGAGGUCAGAUACCUUCAUGAGGCCUUUGAGGAGGAGCAGGGCCAGCCGUUUGAUCCCAACUUCACCAUUCACAAUGCCGUGUCCAACAUCAUCUGCUCAUUGGUGUUUGGGGACCGGUUUGAGUACAGCGACACCCGCUUUCAGGAGUUGCUGCAUUUGUUUGAAGACGUAUUUAAUCUGCAAGGGAGCUUCUGGGGCCAGCUGCAGACUGCCUUACCAGCUAUAAUGAAUAGAGUUCCUGGGCCACAUCAGAAAAUUGUUGUCCUCUGGGAAACAUUAAUUGAUUUCGUGAAGUCGGAAAUCAAAAGGCACAAGGAGGACUGGGACCCGUCGGCACCCAGAGAUUACAUCGACUGCUACCUCGGAGAAAUUGAAAAGUGUAAAGAGGACCUUGCAGAUGGAUUCAAUGAGGAUAAUCUCAUUUUUUGCACUCUUGAUCUGUUUAUCGCUGGGACUGCAUCAACAUCAACCACUCUCUGCUGGGCUCUCCUCUAUAUAAUGAAAUACCCAGAAAUACAGGAGAAGAUCCAGGCUGAAAUAGACAGCGUGAUCGGACAAUCACGGCAGCCUUCGAUGGAAGAUAAGCCCAACAUGCCAUACACUGACGCAGUGAUUCAUGAAGUUCAGAGAAUGGGCAAUGUUGCACCUCUGAAUGUGCCCAGGAUGACCACUGAAGAUACCACGCUGGGAGGGUAUUUUAUUCCAAAGGGCACUACAGUGUUUGCAACUCUGUCCUCGGUGCUGUUUGACAAGAAUGAAUGGCAGACCCCAGACACAUUUAAUCCAGGGCACUUUCUGGAUGCACAGGGGCAGUUUGUGAGAAGGGAUGCGUUCCUGCCUUUCUCCGCUGGUAAGAGGGUCUGCCUUGGAGAACAGCUGGCCCGAAUGGAAUUGUUCCUCUUCCUCACUUCCUUUCUGCAGAAGUUCACCAUCUCCUCCCCUAAAGGAGUGGAGCCGAGCCUCCAGUAUCAAGUUGGGGUGGGAUUCGGGAUUUCUCCGCGACCGUACAAAAUCUGUCUUGUACCUCGAUAAGUUAAUAAUGUGAAACAAGUAAAAUAACACAGAUUUGCCCAAAUCCAAAAGUAAUCUAAAGUACAAAUUGGGCAGCUCACUUCAACUAAAUUAAUCUGUUGUAUUAAAAAAAAAUUUACAGCUCGCUUUGUUACUGGCGGUUUGUUAAUGUUUUGUCUGGAUUAAAGAAAAUGUUGUAUGCAUUCUAGUUUUCUAAUCUGUUUUGAAAGAAACCAACAACAGUUGAGAACAGUGUCAUAAAUAUUCAAAUGAAUGUAAUCCAUUGAAACAGACUUUAAAUCACUCCUGAGUUAAAGCUUUAUGAAUGGUCUCAGUAAUUCAAAAUAAACUGUAUACUUAAAUGAUCCAUUCCCCUGAUGAAACUGUAGGGGAAAUGAUGCUCUGCUAAUGUGCUGGAACUCUCUGGAAAUAAAACCAAACUUCUGUUCAUCACAAAUUA